AUGUCCUUCAGUGAUCAGCAGUGCAAGCAGCCGUGUGUGCCACCUCCAUGUCUUCAGGAUCAGUGCCAGGCACAAGCUAAGGAGGCAUGCCACCCCAAGGGCCAGGACCCCUGCCAAAAUGAGUGCUUGCCACAAGUUAAGGAGGCAUGUCUUCCUCAGUGCCAAGAAUCAAACCAAGGAAACAGCCCUCAGCAAGGUCAAGAUCCAUGUGUACCUCCAUGCCAAGACCAGUGUCUGCCUCAGUGUGCCGAGCCCUGCCAGGAGCUAGCCCAGACAAAAUUUGUGGAGGCAUGCCCACCGAAAGUCCAAGAAACAUGCUCACCCCCUGGAAAGGGAAAGUAG